AUGGCGCAUCACGAUACGAGGAUACACGAUUCCAACAUGGAUCGCGACAGUUACAACCUCGACAACCUCUCUACUCAACGCAACCAUCAUGAGUCACAUCGACCAAACUCACCAUCAGAUCUCAUGUCCGGAGCCUCAACCGAUAUUGAGUCCGGCACAUCAACACCGACACACAUCAAGGAUGCAAACCAACAUCCUUCAUUCGAUAUUUACGAUCCGAACCGACCUAAACUUGGCUUGCGUCAACGGAUGAAGCACUUUACUUGGGCUUGGUAUACAUUGCCCAUGAGUACUGGUGGUCUAUCACUUCUCUUCUUCGCUCAACCGAACCAAUUUCCUGGCCUCAAGACCAUUGGUCUGGUUAUUUAUAUCAUCAACCUCAUAAUAUUUACCUGCGUGACUACGGCGAUGGUAUCACGGUUCUUCCUUCACCCAGGAUCAUUUGCCAAGUCCAUGACACAUCCACGAGAAGGUUUCUUCUUGCCUACAUUUUUCUUAUCUAUAGCCACCAUCAUUACCAGUAGCGAUCGGUAUGCGAUACCGAAGGACAAUUCAAACCUGGUCUGGGCUGUCCAGGCCACCUUCUGGGGCUACCUGGUCGUCACCCUCAUCCUAUCUAUAGGACAGUACAGCUAUGUCUUUGCAGCACAUAGCUUUGCUCUCACCACUAUGAUGCCUACUUGGAUCUUACCCAUCUUCCCCAUCAUGCUUUCGGGCACCAUCGCAUCGGUCAUCGCUGAGACUCAGCCUCAUGUUGCUGCUGUGCCGAUCAUUGUUGCAGGACUAACCUGUCAAGGCCUCGGACUCAGUGUUGCUGUUAUGAUGUAUGCUCACAUGAUUGGACGCUUAAUGCAAGCAGGCCUGCCCAACAGAGAACAUCGCCCAGGUCUUUUCAUGUGCGUUGGACCCCCUGCAUUCACUGCCCUGGCUUUGAUAGGCAUGGCUGAAGGUUUACCUGAAGACAUCGACUUCAUCCAAGAUGGAACAUUUAUCAAUGUCGGAAUGGUUCGGUUGAUAGCUACCAUGAGUGCUAUCUUCCUUUGGGCUUUGAGUUUGUGGUGGUUUGGCAUCGCGGCCGUUGCUGUUAUUCAGUCUCCCCCUAAGUACUUUCAUCUUGGUUGGUGGGCAAUGGUUUUCCCCAACACUGGUUUUACUCUCGCUACUAUCUCUAUCGCUAGAUCCCUUGGCAGCAAGGCCAUCGGAUGGGUCGCUACCGGAAUGAGCAUCAUCAUUCUCUCCGCUUUCGUUUUCAUUUUCUACAGCCACGUUAGGGCUGUCCUCUCCCAAGACAUCAUGUACCCAGGACGGGAUGAGGAUGUCGAGGACCACUGA